GACAGACACUCUCUGAGCACUGCCGGCCACCGGAUAAGGGAUGAUCUGGGGCCGCGUGGGACGAGGUCGGAGGAGUCUUCCCCGGGGAGACCUCUAAGCACGGUCUCCAGGAAGAACAGGUGUCUGCCGGGGUGGAAGGAAGUGGGCAAAGCGAAUGAGGGCUGGAGGUAAAGCACAAGGAAGGGUAAUAAGACAAAGAAAUAAGAAAGAGGGCUGUCGAGCGGCUGGAGCACGGGGGUGUGAGCGCAGGGACCGGUGUGGGACGCGCCAGACUGGGCGGCGCGUUGAAACCAUCCUGGGGUUUGGAUUCAUCUCCCAGCUCCCUGGAAAGCACAACACAGUCCUAACUCCCAGUCCAGCGUGCGCAGCCGGCAACCCCCGCGGAAGCGGAGGGAUGGGGUGUCCCCAGCUAGGGACCUCGAAGUCUCUGUAUGCGAAUUCCUGGGAACUGAGAUUUGGGGCAGAACCAUUCUUGGGAGGUGGAGAGGGGAGGAGUGGCCCUGCACUCGGAACCCGAGCCCACGGAACCUGCUGGAACCGCCGCUCGACUCUUCUCCUCAUUCUGAUUUUUGCGCUCUGCUUCUCCACCAAGAGUUCCACUCACACGCGACCCGCAGUCCCGGGCCCCACUGGCAGCUCCCGGCCGCCCACUCCCGCGCGUGGUACGGCCCGCGGGCGCCCACUCCGGGCGCUGGUUAUAAAGGCCCGGCGGCUGCAGCCGACUGCGGACUCAAGAUGCGUCCUAAGGGGUCGGGGCCCGGCUACGUGAGGCACCGGUUCAGACCCCGGGAUCCGGCGGGAGUCAGCCUCGCACCCCCACUCGCAGCCAAUCCCACUCCAGAGCCCUCUGCACAGGUGGCACCCGCCCCUGCGCGGGCACCCGCGGCCAGACAGGGAGCAGGAUCCAGAUCCCCAUCCGUCUCGGGACGCCCAGCCGGAGCUCGCGCGACCUCCAAGGCUGGAUCGGCGACAGGACCCCCACGCGCAUCCGCAUUCUCAGUCGCCCAGGGGAAUGCCCAGUCCGUGCACGGCAACUCGGAUGCGCCACGGACCCGCUUCAUGUUCCAGGGGCCCGUUGGUCCCCGGGCCACUGGCCUGGGGACUGGAAAGGCGGCGGGCAUCUGGAAGACGCCGGCCGCCUACAUCGGCCGUCGGCCUGGGGUGUCUGGCCCGGAGCGCGCAGCCUUUAUCCGGGAGCUGGAGGAAGCGCUGUGCCCUGACCGACCCCCGCCAGUCAAGAUCACCCAAGAAGAUGUCAAACUGAUGUUAAAUCUUCUAGAGGAGAGGGAGCGGGACCUCCAUAUGGCGGCUCGCAUUGGCCAGUCCCUGGCGAAACGGAACAGUGUUCUGAUGGAGGAGAACAGCAAGCUGGAAGCCAUGCUGGGCUCAGCCAGGGAGGAGAUUUUACACCUCAGACACCAGGUGAGCUUGCGAGAUGAUCUCCUCCAGCUCUACUCCGACUCGGAUGAGGACGAAGAGGAGGAGGGAGAGGAGGAGGAGGAGGAGGAGGAAGAGGAGGAGGAGGAGGAGGAGGAGGAAGAGUGGCAGCGUGAUCAUCUCUAUGGAGCCUCUGAGCCGACUUCUGUGUGGGAGUCAAGGCACCAGUGCCCGCAGCUGGAAACCCUGCAGGAGCAGCUGCAGCAGCUGCAGGCGGAGAACGAGCAGCUGAGAGAGGAGGCCUCUCACCUGGACGCCGUUGAGGAGGAGGAGCAGAAGCUCAUCCUGGAUUGUGUGGAGCAGUUUUCCGAGGCCAGCCAGCAGAUGGCCGAGCUGUCGGAGGUGCUGGCGCUCAGGAUGGAGACCCACGACCAGCAGCGGAGGGAGGUCACCCAGCUGCGGACCCAGGUCCUGACGCUGCAGCGGUGCUGCCAGACGUACGGAGCCGAGACGGAGAAGGUGAAGCAGCAGCUGGCGUUGGAGAAGGAAAUCCAGAUGCGGCUCCAGGAUGAGGUGAAGCCCCCCCCCCCCCCCCCCCCCCCCCGGGGGGGACACCUGGCCUCCAAGGCACAUUGUCAGCACUAG